UCUUUCAUAAUUCAUUCUUGAGUUUCUGUUAUUUGACACACACAAACAAAAAAAGAACAUGACCAACAACGUAAAUUCUUGGCUCCAGGGUGUUUAUGUUGUUUUUGCGUUUUGCUCUGCUUUAUUUUUGGGUGCUCUCAAAAGUUUGUUGGUGGGUCCAAUUGCUGGCCUAAUACUUAUUAUAGGAAAUGUUGGGGUGAUUUUAUGUCUCUUCCCAGCACAUAUUUUCUGGACAAUUUACACCCUUGUCAAGACUAAUAGGUUUGAUGCACCACUUAAAGUAGCUUUCUUGUUCGGUUUGCCAGUUUUAUUUGGUAUUUGGUUGUGUUUAAGCUUAGCUGGUAGUGUUCUUGUGGGAGUUGGAUAUGGUUUCUUUGCUCCUUGGGUUUCUGCCUUUGAAGCUUUCAGACAUGACGAUGAAUUUAACAAGUUUGUUCAUUGCAUUGUGGAUGGAACAUGGGGAACCAUAAAAGGUAGCUGUACUGCUGUUCGAGAUUUUGCAGAUAUGUGUUAUCAUUCAUAUCCAAUGUAUUUGAAGGAACUGCGUGAUUCCCCUGCUUCUCUCGACUUUCAGCCAUUUAGAUUCAUCCAUGUACCAGGAUGUAUCAUGGUUGGAUUAUUGGGACUGAUUGUGGAAAUUCCUCUUUACACUGCUAUAGCCAUAGUAAAGAGCCCAUUUAUGUUGUUCAAAGGAUGGUACAGACUCAUACAUGAUCUGAUAAGCCGCGAAGGCCCAUUUCUUGAAACUGCUUGCAUUCCCAUUGCUGGAUUAACAAUCCUUCUGUGGCCUCUUGUUGUCAUUGGAAGUGUCAUAAUGGCUGUUUUCUCCAGCUUUUUCAUUGGAUUAUAUGGAGCUGUUAUCGUCUAUCAGGAGAGGUCCUUCCAAAGAGGUGUUGCUUUCGUGGUCGCAAUGGUAGCAGAGUUUGAUGAGUACACAAAUGAUUGGCUUUACCUUAGAGAAGGGUCCAUUCUUCCAAAGCCUCAUUAUCGAAACAAGAAGGGAUCCAAUUCGUCAGAUUACUCUGUGAAACGAAACGGUUCAGUACAAGGCAGACUAAACUCAAUAUUUGCUGAAGCACCUGCAAUGCUCGUGCCAAGCUUAACGUCGUCUAGAUCAGUGAGAGAGGCAAUACAAGAAGUGAAAAUGGUGCAGGUAUGCUUUUCUUUCUCUGUUCUUUUCUGGCUAAUUUGCAAAAUGCUGACAAACAUGUGAAAUGAUCUACUAGAUGACUUCCAGGUUCUGGGAGGAAUUUCUGUAUAUAUUUAUUUUGGGUUGCUUCCGCUUUGUUAUCCUUGUUUAGAUUAUUAUUUUCGCUAGUUUCUGCCCCUUUUGCUCAUUGCUUGAUGUUCUGGGUUACGGGUUGGCUUACCUACUGGUAGGGUAUAGUAGGUGCCAUCAUGACUCGAGAAAUCGGGUCGUGACAUCAAGGAACAAAUUAGAGUCCUGAGCCUAGAAGACGGUGAAAUGAGGUUCCUAGAGAAAGUGGUCCUUUUCGAGAGCAACUCUGAACGCUUUAAGGCCUGGGAAAAUGGAAGUGUGGCGCCUCAGGAAUCUCUCAGAGCAGCUCAAAUUGAAGGCAUAAGCCGAAGGAUGGUGGGAAUGAUUAGAAGUGUUUCUAAGUUUCCAACUUAUAGGAGGAAAUUCAGACAGAUAGUGAAAACAUUGAUCAUGCAGUAUUCCACUAUUUCCAGAGAAGGUUCCACGCGAUCUGUUCCUCGUUCUGUAAAGAACAGUUCCACCCGAUCAGUGUCCACAAGAUCAAAUGGUUCACUCGAAAUUGUUUAAACAUUUUAAAUAUAGAUUAGUGAUCUUUAACUCCCAUCGUAAUCAUUUAAGAGA